CUGUUUGAGGAGCUGCCUUCAGUGUGGUGUGAGCUGCUGUCAGAGACCCUGACUGCCCUCUGGACCAGCAGCAUUACCUCACACCCUGACCACUGGCUCCGAUGGGACCCGUUGAGUCCAGAGAACCAGCCAGAUCCAAAGCAGCACUCUGCAGCAGAUAACAUGGGUCCAGCCUUGUUGAGUAAGGCGGUGUGGUCCUUCUGCAUGCUGGGAGUUCUGAGCAGCCGUGGACGUGGUGGUGAGGAGGUCAGAGGUGCUGACCUCUGCUGCCUGUCCUACGGGAGCCUCGGGGAGUGGAAGGAGAGGAUCCUGCAGCUGCAGCACUUUUCUACUGUGUUGUGGGAGAACAUGGCACGCCCUGCUUGGACAGACUUUAG